CAUUUUCAUGGAUUUCUCAAGGUAGAUAUGUUGAGGUUGUUCCAUGCGAAUGCGACAUUGAAAACUUGCAUGCUCCUACGACACCCACCAAAGCCUCAAACGUUGUUGUUCCCUCUCUUUUCACAUUCUUCUCCUCCAACUCCUACUUAUUCUUCACUUCUCUCCCAACACUCUCUUCAAUUCCAUCCCUUUUCCACACACCCUUUUCUAUCUACUUUACUUCUUGCUUUAAAAUCUUCAUCCUCUAUCUCCUCCUGCAGGAUCAUUCAUGCCCAUGUGAUCAAGUCUCUUGAUUACCGUGAUGGGUUCAUAGGCGAUCAAUUGGUAUCCAGUUACAUCAAAAUGGGUGCCACCCAAGAUGCACAUUUUCUGUUUGAUGAAAUGCCGGACAAGGAUUUUAUCUCCUGGAAUUCUUUGGUUUCGUGGUUUUCGAAAAGCAGACAGCUUGGUUACUGCUUGAGUGUGUUUUGUAAGAUGAAAUCUGAUUCAGAAUUGAAAUUGAAUGAUGUUACUUUUCUAUCUGUUAUCUCAGCUUGUGUUUAUGAGAAAGCGUGUCAUGAAGGGUAUUAUGUUCAUUGUUGUGCGGUGAAAUUGGGUAUGGUGUUUCAGGUGAAGGUUGUUAAUGCCCUUAUUAAUAUGUAUGGGAAGUUUGGUUUUGUUGAAUCUUGUUUCAGCUUGUUUUGGGAAAUGCCCAAGAGUGAUAAGAGUAUGGUGUCUUGGAAUUCAAUUGUUGCUGUUUGUGCCCAAAAUGGAAUGCCUAAUGAGGCUUUUCGUUGUUUUGAUAUGAUGAGGGUUAAUGGAUUUUUUCCUGAUGAAGCGACAAUGGUGAGUUUGCUUCAAGCAUGUGAAAAUUUACCCUUGGGAAGAUUGGUGGAAGCUUUACAUGGUUUAAUCUUUAACUGUGGUCUUGAUGAAAAUAUAACAAUUAUGACUACCCUUUUGAACUUAUAUUCGAAGUUAGGAAGAUUGAAUGAUUCUCUUGAGGUAUUUGGAGAGAUACAAAAGCCUGAUAAAGUGACAUGGACUGCAAUGCUUGCAGGCUAUGCGAUGCAUGGACGUGGGAAAGAAGCUAUUGAUUUCUUCGAAAGAAUUGUAAGGGAAGAAGGCAUGGAGCCUGAUCAUGUAACUUUUACUCAUUUGUUAAGUGCAUGUAGCCAUUCAGGGCUUGUCAAAGAAGGAAAAUACUACUUCCAAGUUAUGUCUGAUGUUUACAAAGUUCAACCACGAAUGGAUCAUUAUUCGUGUAUGGUUGAUCUUCUCGGUCGUUGCGGUCUACUCAAUGAUGCUCAUGAGCUAAUUAAGAAUAUGCCAUUUGAGCCAAACUCUGGAGUUUGGGGUGCCCUUCUUGGUGCUUGUAGGGUUCAUCGAAACAUUGGUCUAGGGAAGGAUUCUGCGGAAAAUUUGAUCGCAUUAGAUCCUUCAGACCCUAGAAACUAUAUUAUGCUGUCGAAUAUGUAUUCUGCUGCAGGUUUGUGGAGUGAUGCAUCAAAAGUGAGGACUUUAAUGAAGACUAAUGUUAUUACUAGAAAUCCCGGAUGCAGUUUUAUUGAACAUGGGAAUAAAAUCCACCGUUUUGUUGUCGACGAUUACACUCACCCUGAUUCACAUAGAAUACACAAAAAGUUGGAAGAGGUUAUGAGAAAAAUUCAAGAGGUUGGCUUUGUGCCCGAAACAGAAUCGAUUCUCCAUGAUGUUGAUGAGGAGGUGAAAAUAGAUAUGAUCGCCAAACAUAGUGAGAAGAUUGCUCUUGCGUAUGGACUUUUGGUUAGUAGUGCAGAUAUGCCGCUAGUUAUAAUGAAAAAUUUGAGAAUAUGCCGUGACUGUCACAACACUGCAAAAUUUGUAUCGAUGGUAGAGAAGCGGACUAUCAUUAUCCGAGAUACUAAGCGAUUUCACCAGUUCUCAGAUGGGCUAUGCUCUUGUGGUGAUUAUUGGUAGUAUUCAUCAUUGGAAAAAGAGUUUAGUGAAAACUGAAUGUGUUAUUCUGAUACAAGAGUGCACAAAUUACAACAGAUGAAGUCUUUUUAUAGACUUGGAUAUAGGGGUGGCAAAACGGGCCGCCCGCCCCGCCUUAUGCCCGCCAAAAAACGAGCGGGGCGGGCAUGCCCGCCAAGUAAAAUGGGCAUAAAAUUCAUGCCCGCCCCGCCAAGAUGGCGGGCUGGCGGGCGGCGGGCUUUCCCGCCUAUUUUUAUUUAUAUUUUUUUAAUAGAUUAAUAGGCUUUUUUUACCUUUUAAUUAAACUUUUCACUUAUUUUUUAAAACAAUUUUUUAUAAAAGCAACUUUUUAACAAAUUUACUUAAAAAAAUAUUACAUAUAUUUAUAAAUAAAUGUAUAAAAUAAACCAUCAAGAAUUAAAAUUACUAGAAUUAACUAAAAAAAGAGUGAGUUUUGGAGGAGAGGCGGAUUUUGGCGGGCGGCGGGCUUUGGCGGGGUGGGUAUGGCGGGCGGCGGGUUUUUGCGGGGCGAGCUUUGGCGAGCGGCGGGCCUAAAAUCCCAACCCAGCCCGCCAUUUUUUGGCGGGUGGCGGGCCGGCCCGGCGGGCCACGGCCCGUUUUGCCACCCCUACUUGGAUACUUAAACAUUUAGCUAAAGUAAUCCUAACUACCUAACAGUGAUCAAUAAUUUUGAUAGUCUGUGAGCUGAGAAAAUGUUGUGGAAGGUGAAGCUUUGAUUAGAACACCAGCUUCUUGAUCAUGAGCAGAUAUUUGACAUAUACAUUAAGAAGUGUAGAGAGAACCAUUUUUCUUAACAAAGAAGAGACCAAACUUCAUACAUUUGGCUAUGUGGAGCCAAAAAACAUGGAGUUCAUGAAGGACAGCUACAUACCAAAGUAAUUGAGCUACAGUCAAGCUGCGGUAUUUUUAAUCUCAGUGCUAGAACAAGCUACAAAGAAUUGUUUCUUAGAGUACUAAGAUAUAAUGUUUGGGCCAAGGAAAAUUCAUAAGCAUGUAAUGUUAAGGAGAGUGCAAAAAAGGCAGGAUGGGAGAGUGCAAAAAAGGCAGGAUGGGUAGAUAUAUAGUACCUCUAACUUUAAGGUAUGUUUGGAUUGAUGGAAAAUGAUGGAAUGGAAUGGAAUGGAAUGGAAUGGAAUGGAAUGGAAUGGAAUGGAAUUGAAUGAUGUUAUGUUUCAUUGUUUGGUUUUAUAAAAAAUGAAUGGAAUGGAAUGUGAUGGAACUCAUUCCAUCCAAUACCACUACUUUAGCCUAUUUUUCAUUCCACCCAAAUUGGGGUGUAUCCAAUGGAAUGAAAUAAAUUAGUAGCACAAUUCCAAUUUUGUCCUCCAAAAUUUUACAUUAACCAUAUUAAUGUUUUUGAAGUAACGGGUAAAAAUAGAAUAAAAGCAUUUUAAUGCUUUCUGCUCCGUCCAAUUUCCAAACAAUGGAAUGGGAUAUUAAUACCGCUCCAUCGUAAAAUAUCCAAACAAUGGAAUGAAGUUUACGUUUCGUUCCACUCCAUUCCGCUCCAUUCUAUUCCGUUCCGCUCCGUCCCGUUCCACUUCGCCCCGUUCCGUUAGUUUAAAAUUAUCCAAAAAGUAAUUAAAAUGAUUUGGAUUAAAUUACACAUUAAGUUUAGAGAUUUUAAAAUUCCAGGAAUUUUGUGAAGUAUUUUUUAUAAAGUAAUUUUUCCUUACUAAAAUUAGGAAUUUGAAAUACCAUCCAUCUAUUAAGAGUUAUGCUUAUAUGUUCUUUAUACCUUAAGAAUUAUUAGGAACAAAAACUGAACGUGGCUAUUCUGUUCUAUCUGGCAGUUAUAUUUUUAUUACAAGUUACUGUUUUUAAUGUUAACAUUUAGCAGCAGUUAUUGGGUAAUUAU